CGGGAAGGACGAAAAUGGCGGCGGCGAUCGGGGGAUGAGGAGGGGCCGCCCAGCUGUGAUUCCUGCAGAGCUUCCCCUGGCGCUGUCCCCUGACUUGCAGCCCAGGACACUCAUUCCCUGAGGGACCCUCCUCCACAGCUGGGAGCUCCCAGGCCGCUUCUGGGGGGUCUGCAGGGGGAUCCCACCAUGGAAGAGGUGGAUUCCCGCUUCCUGCACCUGCUGCAGCCCAUCCGGGACCUCACCAAGAACUGGGAGGUGGAUGUGGCUGCCCAGCUGGGGGAGUACCUGGAGGAGCUGGACCAGAUCUGCAUUUCCUUCGACAACGGCAAAACCACCAUGAACUUCAUGGAGGCAGCGCUGCUGAUCCAGGGCUCUGCCUGCAUCUACAGCAAGAAGGUGGAACACCUGUACAUGCUGGUCUGCCAGACACUGGACUGCAUCUCCAAGAAAAAGAGGGAGAAGCUGCCCACUUCCCUGGGCCCCGACGGCCGCGAUGCCGACGCCACCUUCACGGAGAAGGAGGAGGAGUUCCUGUCCCUGGAUGACAUCCCAGAAACCAGCCAGGCCAGUGUGGACAUGAGGAGGGAUCAGCAGCCUGCUGCCGUGAACAUCAUUCCCCUGACCCCGAUGUCCCUGGUGCCCCCGGAAGAGGGGGAGAAGAAGGAAAAUCCCCUCCUGAGCCGGCGCGGCGAGGUGCUGGCCAGCCGCAGGGAUUUCCGCAUGAACACCUCCACCCCCCACGCCUCCGGCGCCUUCCUGCUGGAGCUGGCCGGGCUCUCCCCCACCCACCCGCAGCAGGAGCAGCGCCAGGGCACAGCCACAGCGGCGGCUCCGGGAUCCAGCCCCGCCGAGCGUCGGAGCGCUGGCACGGCCCUGGUGCGGGCACUGAGCUUCUGCGAGGAGGCAGGUGAUGCAGGACCUGACGAUGACGACGUUCCUGGGGUCCCCCUGGGGGAUGACAUGGAAGUGACCCCGGUCCCCAACGAACACAUCGUGGCUCAGAGGAUCUUGCCCCAGACCCGGGGGUACAUCCUGCGGGAGAGACUCCCCAGCCAGGACCCCAAAGCCCUCAGCAAGGAGGAGCCCAAUCCAUGGCAGAGCCUCGACCCCUUCGGAGACUCCGAGGAGAAGCCCUUCAGGAAAGGGAGGCCCUUCCUGGUGCCACACGGCCUGGAUGAUGUGGUUGGAGGCAAGAGGAAGAGGAGGGGCCCGAGGAAGCUCCAGGAUUUCACGAGAUGGUUCUCUGCAGCCUACAACAACGUCACAGAGGGCCGGAAAACCAGGAGGAAGGGCCCCACCUUUGCAGACCUGGAGGUGCUGUACUGGCGGCACUUCAAGGAGCGGCUGGCGGCGCACAGGAAGCUCCAGAGACGGGGGGAGCUGCUGAGGGAGCUGGAGCCAGAGCUGGAGCAGGAGCGCGGCGCUGAAAGCGAGGAUGGGGCAGAUGGGGAUGGGGAUGAUGAUGAUUUUGUGGAGCACGAGGACAUGGAGCCUGAAGUGCCAGAGGAGCCGGAGGAAGGAAAUCUGGACCCCCCUGAACCUGGCUACGAGGAGCUGGUGCGCAGGAACGUGGAGCUGUUCAUGGCCAGCUCCCAGAAGUUUGCUCAGGAGACGGAGCUGUCGCAGCGCAUCCGGCAGUGGGAGGAGCGCAUGGAGCCGCUGCUGCAGGAGCAGGAGAACCGUGUCCCCUUCGAUGUCCGUGCCUACGGGCUGGCACUGACCGGGCGCUGCGCGGAGCUGGGCCGGUGGCACUCUCUGGCCAGCCUGGUGGCCGGGCAGCCCCCGUUCGAGGUGUGCCGCUACCUGCUGGCCUCGCUGCAGCUGGCCAACGACGCGGAGGUGGAGCUGGCGCAGGAGCCGGGGCUGGAGGUGGCGCUGGACACGGCGCGGCUGCGGCUGCUCUCGGCACGCCCGGCGCACGAGAGGUUCCAGCACUUCCAGCUGCCCUCCCAGAGGGACCCCGGGCCCCAAUAA